CACGAGCAUGGUGCGCGCCACCGAAUAGCGCGCGUAAUUGGUCGUUCGCGCCGUUUUAGCUCGUUGAAUGGUAAUAUCAUCGCUGGACCGUAACAAGCAAUCGUUUCGUGCCAAAAAAAAAUGCCCAUGGCUGUUGACGGAAAGCUGACCGAGGUGAAGUACACGCGGCCGGAGUGCGCUUUCUGCGAUCUCAGCCAGCAGUUCACGCUGCCUGAUCGCACCUUCAACCGGCAGUACGCCGCAUUCUACUGCGCCCGGUACAAGGCCGUGCGUGCCGUUCUCGAAGACCGCGCCAGAGAAAAAUGGGGCAAGCUCGACGUUCCAAUCACAACCUUGUGCGACCUCAUCGAGGACAAGAGGUCGGUCGUUGUGGGCACGCUUUUCAAGAUCAUGGAACUCCAGCCCAGCAUCUUGAAAGAAAUCAGCGAGGAGCACCACAUUGCACCGCAGCCACAACGGAGCCAUUUCACCGACAAUGCCGACUCGCUUGUUCUCGAAGAUGACAAACAACGGCUUGCGCUUUCUGGGAACAUUGACGUUCACACUCACGUCACAGGUGUUCCGAUUGCUGUGCUCGGUCGGGUGGGAACAGACGGUCGCUUCGCCGUGGAGGACUUCUGCUACGCUGAGCCACCGGAACAGAUCAAGAGGCCACUCUUCAAGUCUGACAUGUUCAUACUCUUGGUCUCAGGCGUGGGGCUAACCGAAAAGGCGGACAGUCUGCUGCCCUUCCAGCUGCUCAUCGAUUAUGUGUCGGGCUUCCUUGGCUGCGACGCCGACCAGGAGAGGGCGUCGCACGUCGUCCGCGUCAUCCUUGCCGGCAACAGUCUGCGGCAGAAGGGCUCGAGCAAGGACAUGUCUCGGGCCAAGUUCACUGUUCGCAAGGAGUCGUCGGCAGAUGCCAGUGUGGCAAAGCUUCUUGACCGCCUUCUAGAGCAACUUUCGCAUUCCGUGGAGGUGGACGUCAUGCCUGGCCUCUCCGAUCCUGCUGCCAGCCUGCUUCCGCAGCAGCCCAUGCACCCGUGCCUCUUUCCCGGUGCUUCCCAGCGAGCCUCGUUACGAUGCGUCACCAACCCUUACCAGUUUGAGCUGGACGGCUUGAGAGUGCUGGGAACGUCUGGACAGAACGUGACGGACGUCCAGCGCUACAGUCAACUCACCUGCCCUCUGGAGAUCAUGGAGAAGACACUGCAGUGGCGUCACCUGGCACCAACGUGUCCAGACACACUGUCCUGCUACCCGUUCACGGAUCAAGACCCCUUCAUUCUGGAUUCUUGCCCGCACGUUUACUUUGUGGGCAACCAGAACAAGUUUGCCACCAAGCUUUACAAGAGUGAGCAAGGGCAAGCAGUGCGUCUUGUGGCCGUACCAUCUUUCUGCAAGACAUUCACCUGCGUAUGGCUGAACAUGAGGACCCUUGAGUGCGAACCAAUGAGCUUUGAUGUUAAUCCGUAAUGUGAAAUCUGUGGCCAAAUUUUAGAUUUCCGUAUUGAUUUUGCUAUGCUUUGCGUUAUAUAUUUACAAUGAAAUAAACCAUGGGAUACGUGUGUGCCUUGCUAUUGAA